CCCACAGCCAAACAAAAAAUGGAUCAAAGAUGGAGUCUUCAGGGUAUGACUGCUCUUGUAACUGGUGGAGCCAGCGGAAUCGGGCAUGCUAUAGUAGAGGAGCUAGCCGGUCUUGGAGCUAGAAUCCAUGUAUGCGAUAUAUCUGAAAAAAUGCUUAAUCAAAGUUUAAGCGAAUGGGAAAAGAAAGGGUUUCAAGUAAGUGGUUCAAUCUGUGAUGUAUCCUCUCAUUCUGAGAGGGAAACACUUAUGCAAACCGUCUCAACAAUGUUUGAUGGCAAGCUGAACAUUCUUGUAAACAACGUUGGCGUAGUUAAUACAAAGCCAACAAUAGAAUAUGUGGCUCACGAUUUCUCGUUCCAUAUUUCAACAAACUUGGAAUCUGCUUAUCACCUUAGCCAACUUUCACAUCCUCUCCUAAAAGCUUCUCAAUUUGGAAGCAUCGUCUUUAUUUCCUCUGUUGGAGGAGUUGUAUCAAUGGAGUGUGGAUCUAUCUAUAGUUUAACGAAAGGAGCUUUGAAUCAACUAGCAAAAACUUUGGCAUGUGAAUGGGCAAGAGAUGGCAUAAGAACCAACUCUGUUGCUCCUAAUUUUAUCCAUACUGCUAUGGCUCAACUUUUUUUCAAAGACGCCGAUUAUGAGAAGAGUUUGGUUAGUAGAACUCCACUUGGUCGCGCUGGGGAGCCAAAAGAGGUUGCAUCACUUGUGGCUUUUCUGUGUCUACCUGCAGCUUCAUAUAUUACUGGUCAGACCAUUUGUGUUGAUGGAGGUCUCACUGUCAACGGUUUCUCCUAUAAGCCACAGGCCUGAGAUGAGACUUGUGUGUGUUGGUGAUGCAUCAUAUAUGUCUAUUUCCUUUUGGUGUUGGGUUUUGUUUUAUGUUUGUCUUUUGAUUUAUUUGUUUUUGGUUAUGAAUAUCCAUAAGUAAUCCUACUUCCGUUUUGCUUCGGUGUUUUGUCCUCAGUUUGUGUUUUGUUUCUAGCUUUUGAUCAUUAAUAAAACCCAAAAGGAGGA